AAAUCUUUAAAAAAAAAAGAAGAGGGAAUUUGAACAGCAGAGCAGGCACAGAGAGCCUCGACCCUGCGAGGAGGCAGCAAGAGUAGAACUAUCCGCAAGCCAAGGAGAGAGACCUCAGGAGAAACCAAUCCCGCGGGCACCUUGAUCUGGACCUCUAGCCCCCAGAACUGCGAGGACACCCAUGUCUGGUUUUUGCCACCUGAUCUAUGAGACUUUGUGAUGGCAGCCCCCGCAGGCUAGUACGUGGAGCCACUGGCUUCCGACCAUUGGCCCUGGACAGCCCCGCAGGCUGGCUUCGUGCGGUUGCUCCUUGUCUGAGGCCAGGGGUGCCACAUCCACAAAGGAGAGGUCCGCCCAGGAGCUCACAGAAGGGUGACCCAGCACCCCGUCCUCAAGUUGAGAGACCGAAGAACCAUAUCACCCGCAGAGAGCCGUGGUUCGGGCGUCUGGUCACGUUGUGUGUUAUUCCUCACAGUUCUUCCUGGCGUACAAGACGAGGGAGAAAGAUAUUAAUGAGGAAAGAUUGGAAGGGAGUGGUUUUUAACCACUGCUGGACCCCAGGCCUCUCUAAAACUCUACAAAGCUGUGGACUCAGAAAACUACAGAGUCUGUGUUGGUUUCCUGGGGCUGCCAUCACAGAUCACCACAAAUCUUGCGGCUUAAAACAUGAGAAAUUUAUACUCUCAUCGUUCUGGACACUGGAACUUCAACACCAGUUUCUCCGGGUGAAUCCAAGGAGUGGGCAGGGCUGCGCUCUGUUCUUCGCGCCCCCCCCCCCAGUUCCGGACCAUUCCUGGGCUUGUGGCCACACCGCUCGCUCCCUGCCUGUGUCUACACCUCACCUUCCCCUCUUCGGUGUGCGCUGUGCGUCAGCUCUCCCUCUUCUCUCUCAGGAGCACAGCCAGCCUUGCACCCAUACUUCGGUGAGUACCGGUUAAGAGCCCGGAUGCCUGAGCACCUUCCCCGUUCAGCGGACACACUACUACCUUCUUCACAGCAAAAGAGUGGGGCGAGCCUGUUUGCACGGAGAAAGCCCUCGCGCUCGUUUCUCCCUCCCCCCCCCAUACAAAGUCCAGGCAGUGAAGCUCCCUGGACGCCCGGCGGAGCUGCGGCCUCCCGCCCCGCGCCCCGCCUCCUCCGCGGGCGUGCGUUUGCAUCCGGCUGGAGCCCGCGCGGGAGCCCGCCCCCGCGCCCCGCUGAUUGGCCGCGCCGGCCCUCUCGUCACGCUCUUUGGUCUCAGUGGGCAGAGGAUAAAAGGCGCGGCGGCUGCCGUGGGAACCGCGCUGUCUGGACUCUCUGGAAGGCGGUGCGGAGCCGCUCCGCGGGCAGCUCGCGGUCGCUGGGUGGCCGAGGCCGUGCCCGUCCCUUUGCCCCUGCAGGGCCGCGGACACCGGAAGGCGGCAUCCACAGCUGCCAAGGCCCGUGCGUCUGCUGCCCAGCAGCCGAGCACAGGCCAUCAGAGCCGAAUCCGAACUUGAAUUCUGCGCGGCUGAUUGCAGAGUUGUCUGGACGCCCCGAGGUCCCGGAUCGGCGACCCCCGGUGGACAGAGAUCGGCCGGAGCCCGGAGACGAGCUUUCUCACGGAGGCCACCGGUUGCAGUGGCUGGAAGGGAAAUAAAGGCGCGCGCGCCUGUUCCUGCGCUCCCUCCCUACUGAGAGGGGAGGAAGGCAGCGUCCCGCAGCACGCCUUCAGAUUAGGCUUUUCCACAAAGCCUGAGCAUCCUGUUAGACUCGGAUCCUCGGAUCCUCGUCGUCGUCUUCAGGCAUGGCUAGCAUCCUUGCGCGCAUGGAUAAUAGCCGGCGGCAGAACGCACCGUUGCCGCCCUGGGCCCAUUCUAUGCUGAGGUCCCUGGGGAGAAGUCUCGGUCCUUUAAUGGCCACCAUGGCCGAGAAGAACAUGAAAGUGUUCUCGGGGAGGGUGGUGCCAGCCCAGGGGGAAGACACCUUUGAAAACUGGCUGAUCCAAGUCGAUGGGGCCCUGCCAGAUUGGAAUAUGUCUGAGGAGGAGAAGCUCAAGCGCUUGCUGAAAACCCUGCGAGGCCCUGCCAGGGAGGUCUUGCUUUUGCUCCAGGCUGCCAACCCCGAUCUAAGCGUGGCAGAUUUCUUGCGCGCCAUGAAAUUGGUGUUUGGAGAAUCUGAAAGCAGUGUGUCCGCUCACGGUAAACUUUUUAACACCCUGCAGGCACAGGGGGAGAAAGCCUCCCUUUAUGCGAUCCGUUUAGAAGUGCAGCUCCAGAACGCUAUCCAGGCAGGGAUCAUAGCUCAGGAAAAUGCCAACCAGACUCGCCUGCACCAGCUCCUUUUAGGGGCCGAGCUGAACGGGGACCUGCGCUUUAGGCUCAAGCACCUUCUUAGGAUGUAUGCAAAUGAGCAGGAGCGGCUCCCCAAUUUCCUAGACUUAAUCAGGAUGAUAAGGGAGGAAGAGGAUUGGGAUGACACUUUCAGUAAGCAGAAACGGCCCAAGAGAUCUGAGUCCAUGGUGGAGAGGGCCACCAGCCCAGUGGCAUUUCAGGGCUCCCCUCCGGUAGUGGUGGACAGUGCUGACUGCAACGUGAUAGAGAUAGAUGAUGCCCUCGAUGACUCCGAUGAGGACGUGAUCCUGGUGGAGUCACAAGACCCUCCACUGUCCUCGGCUUCUCCUCUCCCCAGACGCAGGGCCAGACCUCAGGAUCAAGUGCUAGUCAUUGACUCCCCCAGCAGUUCCCGGGCUCAGUCUCCUUCCACCAGUGGGGGUUCUGGGUACAAGAAUGGUGGUUCUGGGAAUCUGCGUAGAAGCAGGAAGCGAAAACACGCAAUCCGCUGUUCAUAUUGCAGCGAGGAGGGCCACUCAAAGGAAACCUGUGACAAUGACUGCAACAGGGCCCAGGUGUUUGAGAAUCUGAUCAUCACCCUGCAGGAGCUGACCCAUACGGAGGAGGAGGGGCGGAGAGAGGCCCCUGGCGAACAAAAUGACCCUUCUGAGCUACAGUGAGGUGGUAGCCCCCAGCCUUAAGGGAACCCUAACCCACACUCAGAGUCCAGCAAUGGGAGGACGGGGGAGGGGUGCUUCUAAUUGCUUGAAUCCACAAAGCAGCUCUCUUUUCCCAGCGAGGCAGAGUAGAAAGGGUCUUGGAUACCAGCUCAGUGGAGGGAGACAGCCCAACCUCUGCCCUUGCUUCCCCACUCCCCUCUCUGCUGCCUAAGGCUCUGUAUCCUUUGUGUGCCCAUUUCCUUGAUGGCUUUAUUCUCUUUGUGAAAGUGGCAUAAUUCAUCAUUAAACCUCCAAACGAUAAAGAGAAGUACAAAAAAGUGAAGUACCAGUUACCCCAAACUCUCCACCCUGAUCUAACCACUGUGGACGCUUUGAUGAAUGUCCUUCUAGAUAGUUCCCUAUACCUACGUACCCAGAUAGAUACAUGUAUAGAUAAAAGUGCUCAAAUACAAGUGCUGUUCUAUAGUCUGUAUUUUUCCACCAAACAGUAUAUGUCGUGGGCUCCUUUCUAUGUCAAUAAAUAUAUA